CGGUGAGGGCACGGCGCGCUAUCAGCCACCGACAGUCGCUCGGUCGUCGCGUCGCCAUGAACUUGGCAUAAAACCGCAGCCCUGGCCCCGAAGCCUGAAGCCCGCCGACUAUAAUAGCUCGGCGGGCGUCUCCCCCGCCUUCCAGACCUGCGACCACCUCCGGCGAACAUGCUCCGCCUCAUCUGCUUGUUCACUGCCGUGGCCGCAGUCUCCUCAUGCAAGCCCUGCACAUGCGGCGUGGUACGCGGCGCGCGCGUGGUGGGCGGGCAGGCGGCGUCACCAGGCGAGUUCCCGUGGCUGGCGGCGCUGCGGAAGGACGACAAGUUCGUGUGCGGCGCCACCGUCGUCGCCCCCGACCACCUCAUCACCGCCACGCACUGUGUUCAUGGGGUGGAUGCAUCACGUUUGUCCGUGCUGGUUGGUGAAUACGACGUGAACAGCACAGAGACGGGCGGGUUCGCGGUCCUGAACGUCAUCCAGCACCCCGACUUCAACAGAUACACGUAUGACAACGACAUCGCCGUGUUGAGGCUCGCUGACCCUCUGCCGAGCCAUCUGUAUCGACCCGCGUGUUUGCCUGAAAUGGAUGAUGAAGACUUUCCUGGCGGAACAGAGGCGAUAGUUUCUGGAUGGGGCAGUACGAUAGAAAAGGGACCCUCCUCUAAUAUUCCUAUGAAGGCGGAAGUGCAGAUCUGGGCUCACGAGGAAUGCACGGGCGCGGGGUACGGCAAGAGGAAGGUGACUCCCCGCAUGCUCUGCGCCAACGCCCCCAAGCGCGACGCCUGCAGCGGGGACUCCGGCGGACCGCUGCUGCUGCCGCAACCCUAUUAUACUGUUGUUGGAAUAGUAUCCUGGGGCAGAGGCUGCGCUCGACAAGGCUACCCAGGAGUAUACGCCAGGGUUGAUAAGUUCUUAUCCUGGCUAAAAGUUGUGUUGCGACAUGCUUGCCUAUGUGAACCACCAGCAAGGUUUUAUUAAUAGUUAACAGUUUAAACAACUUCAGGUGAAAAGACACAGUGAAAGUUACCAAAUGCAGUAGAUUAAAUAUUUAAGUUUAAGGAACAGUUUCCUAGUAAAAACAGGUAUUUGUUGAGCAGUAUUAUAAGUAAGUUUAAGUUAGUGUUACCUUAUCAUUUAUGUUUUAUUUAAUUUACGUUAUACCAUAAUUUAAAUGUAAAGGCUGUGAUUCCUAGAAUGUGUUGUUUUAGAAUACAAAGGUACCUAUUUGAUAAGUAAAUAAAAUAAAAAAUGUGAAAAUAA